AUGACGCCGCUCUUAACGAGCACUCCAUUAGUAUCACCGCCUGCUCCGUUCUUCUUGGGGAUUGUGAGAAUGAAGUCUCAAUUGUUAAGAUCUACAAGUUCCCUGAUGAGAUGCCUGACUGUCGUUAUUGGCCGUUUAGCUCACUACGGCAGAGUAAUUUCCUUUCGACGCGACCGCGUGGCGGACACCAUUUUCAACGGUGUUCGUAUCGCGAGAAUGUUUAUUGAGCGACCUAUUCCCGCUCAGACCUUCAUUGCCGGCGAGUUCGUACGUUUUUGGUACCCGUCCCAACUCAAGACUUGCCGCAAAUGCAGUUCAGAAGACCAUCUCGCGGCCGCCUGCAAGUCCCAACGUUGUUUUAAUUGCGAGCGACACGGCCACUGCGCGGAGUAA